AUGGAGUCCCUGCCCGUGUACCAUGGUGGCAUCACGCGGGAGGCCGGCGAGAAGCUGCUGCUGGCCUCGGGGCUGGAUGGCAGCUACCUGCUGCGGGACAGCGAGACCAUCUCGGGUGUCUACUGCCUCUGCGUGCUGCAUCAAGGUUACGUCUACACCUACAGGGUGUACAGGACAGACGAAGGGUCCUGGAGUGCUGAGACGGCGCCCGGCGUGCACCGGCGGCUCUUCCGGAAGAUCAGCAACCUUAUCACGGCCUUCCAGAGGCCCGACCAGGGCCUCGUGACGCCCCUGCAGCACCCCGUGGUCACCAAGGGCAAGGCCAAGCGCCCCACGGCUGCAGGGAGGACGGACGGCCACGGCUUCCCCCUGCAGCCCUCAUGA